ACCCCACACAAAGAACCGAAUCGAGAGACAAAAAUGGCGAGGAAUUCAGGGUUGCCAUGGCACGGCAAUUGCUCGGCGAUCGCAGCAAGUUCUGCGCCGCACUUCUUCAUCGUUACAACCUUCCUUCCAGUUCUUUCCAAACCCUGGCUUCUUCAAUCCCCACCUCACCACCUCCGCCGCCCACAGCAACCCCUUCCACCUCCCAACCCUUCUCCAAUUCCCUCCACCACUCCCCAAACCCUCGCUUUCUGCAGCUUCGACCUCUCUCCUCGCCCUCGGGUUCCUCAAACAUUGUUGUCAUUAAGUCAGAGGAUGAAUACAGCAGCGCAAUCAGCAAAGCUAAAGACGGAGCUGAGCCAGCACUUUUCUACUUCACUGCAGUCUGGUGCGGGCCUUGCAGGUUCAUAUCUCCAGUCAUUGGAGAGUUGAGCGAGCAAUACCCACAUGUAACAACAUAUAAGAUUGACAUCGACGAGGAAGGACUUACAAACACUUUGGGCAAGUUGAAUAUUUCCUCUGUGCCUACAUUCCAGUUCUUUCAAGAUGGAAAGAAGUUGGCUGAAGUUGUUGGUGCUGAUGUUGCUCGCUUGAGAGACACUUUUGGAAAACUCUACAAUUUCUAGCUUUCUGCUGUAUGAUCUGGAAUUAUGGCUGAGCAGUAGUUUUGUGUUCCAGGCAGGAAUGAGUGAGGAUGAUCAAUUUGCGCCCGAAAAAAAAAGACGAUCAAGAAAGACUAUGGACAAAGGGGAGAAUAAACUAAAGGAGAUUGUAAGAAUUAUUUUGUGCUAGCAAGCUGAUUGUAAGAUUGCCUUUUCUACUAUAAACGGUUAACUUGUUCGACAAGUUUGGUUUUUGAAGCUCUAUCAAAUUUGUGUUGGUUUA